AGAAGGAGCGAGCACAUGGAGGUCACGCACGGCUCUGCCUGCCACCUCAAGUCCCGCCGCGGAGGCGCACGCCGCGGCAGUAGGCAGCUCCCGGGCCCCAGAGGUAACUGCUCUUGCAACUAGGAUUGGGCUCUAUGAAAACUCCCAGAGGAAAUGCCAGUUAGGAUGGCUAAAGAUCUGGAGGAAACUGGCUCAUCUGCAGAGGAGGAAGAAGAUGCUUUAGAUGGACUGGAGGAUCAUCCAUGUAUCAAGUGGACCGGUGGUGGCUGCAGGCGGGUCCCUGUCUUGGUAUUUCAUGCUGAAGCCAUUCUGACUAAGGACAGCUACCUCCGUCUAAUUGGAGAGCGCUUCCAUAUGUCGUAUAAGAUUGUGCGAACAGACAGCCGGCUGGUUCGGAGCAUUCUGAGUGCCCAUGGAUUCCAUGAGGUUCACCCUAAUAGCAGUGAUUAUAAUCUCAUGUGGACAGGAUCACACUUGAAGCCCUGCUUGCUGCGUUCCCUUACAGAUGUUCAGAAAGUCAAUCAUUUCCCUAGGUCAUAUGAACUGACACGGAAGGACAGACUGUACAAGAACGUCUGUCGAAUGCAGCUGGCCCAUGGGUUCAAGACAUUCCAUAUCUUACCUCAGACCUUUAUCCUCCCGACAGAGUACCAGGACUUCUGUAAUACCUUUUCUAAGGACAGAGGCCCAUGGAUAGUGAAGCCUGUGGCCUCUUCCAGAGGUCGAGGUGUCUACCUGAUAAAUAAUCCAAAUCAAAUUGUAGUGGAAGACAACAUUUUGGUGUCUCGUUAUAUCAGCAAUCCCUUGCUCAUAGAUGAUUUCAAGUUCGAUGUGCGUCUCUAUGUUCUGGUGACAUCCUAUGAUCCACUCGUCGUCUAUCUCUACGAGGAAGGAUUGGCCAGAUUUGCAACAGUGAGGUAUGACCAGGCAUCCAAGAACAUCAAAAACCAGUUCAUGCAUCUGACCAACUACAGUGUCAACAAGAAGAGUGGAGAUUAUGUCAGCUGUGAUGAUCCUGAAGUAGAGGAUUAUGGAAACAAGUGGAGCAUGAGUGCAAUGCUGAGGUACUUAAAACAAGAGGGGAGAGAUACUGCAGCACUGAUGGCCAGCGUGGAGGACCUGAUUAUCAAGACUUUAGUUUCUGCUGAGCUGUCCAUUGCCUCAGCCUGUAAAAGUUUUCUUUCACAUCGUGGCAGCUGCUUUGAGCUAUAUGGUUUUGAUGUCCUUAUUGAUGACACUCUGAAACCAUGGCUGUUGGAAGUGAACCUGUCCCCAUCAUUGGCCUGUGAUGCUCCUUUGGACCUGAAGAUCAAAGCUAGCAUGCUCUCAGAUAUGUUCACUCUUGUAGGCUUUGUAUGCCAGGAUCCAGGCCAGCGGUCAAGCCGGAACAUUUAUCAUUCAUCUGAAUGUGUCAAAAGAAAUCCAUAUCAGAAGCUUCAGCGUACCCGUCCUCUGUCUGCCAGCGAUGCUGAACUUAAAAGCUCAAUGCCCUUAGGCAGGGAAAAAGGAACAGGAAGGCACACCAGCUCUGUGCUAGGCCUCUCCAUGGAGGAGAUCAAAGUUCUUCGGCGAGUGAGAGAGGAAAAUGAACGGAGAGGAGGCUUCAUCCGGAUAUUCCCUACUCCAUUAACAUGGGACCUUUAUGGGUCUUUUCUAGAGCACAAGACAUCAAUGAACUACAUGCUGGCUACACGUCUGUUUAAGGACAGGGGCAAGAUGAAAAGAGAGUUCAUCACUGCGAGAUCCCGAGCAGGUCUUAAUGGAAGACUGGAAGCUGUGGACUCUCAUGCUCUCUUUUAUGAGAGAAAGCUUAUUUCACUGGAGUUACGGAAGCGUCGGCGAUAUGGCAAGGCUAGAGCAGCACAGACAAGAGCAUCAGGCACAUCAGAACCAACAAAGCUGUCCCUCAAGUCAGACACAGAAGGUGAGGAGGAAGAGGAGAUGGAUGCAGAUGAAGAUGAAGAGGUAGAUAGAACUAUCUGCUGUCUUUCGGACACCCAGGUGAAAAACAAGCCAAAGUUCUCUGACUCAGUGAAAACUACUUGUAAGGAGAGGUUACCAAAAAAGCAUAGCAAGAAAACUGAAGAUGGAGAAGAGCUGCUUCUGCAAAAACCAGAUUCUAAAUCUCAGUUUAACUUGCUUCAGAUUCUUCAAAAGCAAGGAAACUUGAGCAAAGUACAAGCUCGUACAGCUUUCUCUGCCUAUCUACAGCAUGUUCAGCUCCGACUGAUGAAGAAUGCUGGUGAGCAGGUCCAGAAUCCUGCCUGGGUUGCCAAAGAGGAUGAGCAAAUGGUAAGAAGCUUUGUGUUGGCCAGAGUGAGAAGCCAAGUUGAAAUCUACCUUGAGAGUUUUGAGGAGCUCAUCAUCCGCUUUCUGAGGCGAGCUGCCAGCAACCUUCGUCACUCCUUGAGGCUGCUGCUCCCCAGCCGCAGCAUAGGACUAGUUGAUCGUCGUCGCAUCCUGGCUCGCCAGCUGGGCGAGUUCAUCAUUUAUUAUAACAAGGAAACAAAGCAGAUGGCUCAGAAACAACCAAAAAAGGAAGAGGAGGAGGAAGGAGUGAAUCCUGAAGAUUUUCAGAACUUCAUUGCCAGAGCAAGUGAAAGUGACCUGGAGGAAGUACUGACGUUUUACACACACAAAAACAAAUCAGCAAGUGUCUUCCUAGGAACAAAAAACACAGGCACAAAACACAGCAACACCAAUCACCAGUCAGAGAAGCAGCCCCAUGGUGAGCAACCUGAGAUGGUGAAGAAAAUAAAAGAUGAUCAACCCAAAAGUUCAGUUGCAGAUUUGUCUGCAGAAGGAGCACUAAAAGGCUGUAAACCCAAAGAAGCUAAAUCAAGCUUUCCAGAAGGACUCGCCUCCUCAAAUGUUGAAGUGAAAUUACCUCAGUGCAGCCCUCCUGGUUCUUCUUCCUCUGUUCCUGCUGCCAUGUUCCAGAGAAGUACCAGUUCUUGGAUGCCAUCUCAGCCUGCAGCCUCUGAAAAUUUAAAUGUGGCUGGUCACCCUUCAUUGCCGGCUCCUCCAGCUGGUCCCAGACUGAUUCAGUCCCCACCCCCACUACCCUCCUUGCAGAGCACAGCUCCUGACAGCUCUUCUGUCCUCACAAACCCAGUGUCCACUGAGACUUGUAGCCUUGCAGGGUUACAUCGUCGUUUUGGUAGCUUUGGCCCAUUCUCAUCCUUUCAGAGAGCUGUUCAGAUCUAUAGUCAAAGAUUGUCCCAACCAUCCUCUACAAAAGUAGGUCUCCAUCGCAGUUCAAGUGGGCAGUGUGUGGGCUCUGCCAGGAUGCACAAAGAUGCAGAACAUACUUCUUCCCAGGGCAAGAGUCAUGGCCCUAGUGUGGCAGCAGCAGAACUGCAGCAGCUGGAAGAAAAGCAAGUAGCCUGCCAGCAUUCCCCACCAAGCCACGUCAGUGUCCUUACACAGCAGUUAACAAACCUGGACUUGGCAAGUGGAGCUAUAAGCAAAGGGAAUGCAGCUGUCCCACAGAGCUAUUGGUCACCACUCAACAAAAGAGGGUCACUGUGGCCUGUUCAGUCAGACACUCAUAGAGAUGACAAAAGAUCUGUCUCUUCAGCAGUCAGGGCUCCAGAGAAUCAUCAUUUUGGCUUGGAAGGAGAGAUGGAGACCAGUGUCUACAAGACAACACGGGGUCCUCUGGCACAUCCCAGCUAUCAGCUUCAGUUUGCUGUGCAACAACUUCAGCAGCAGAAACUUCAGUCAAGACAGCUGUUGGAGCAAAGCCAAGCACGACAACAGGCUGCUUUUGCCAACUACUCACAGUCGAGCACCAGUCAUAUAUCUAUGCCAGCUGUCUCUGAUGCCCACAAGACGUCAAGUGCCACUUCUAGUAUCCAGAAGGCAUCCAGUUUGCACAAAGUGAUGCCAUCCCAGAGUACAGCUCCUCAGCUGGUUCCAAAGCCUCCAACAAACCACAGACAGGCAGUGAUCAGAAAGGCUGCAGCCCAGAGGAUUUCCAAGGUCACCUCCACUGAAAAGCAAGUGAAUGGAUUCCAGAACAGCCUUCACAGUGCUGCAUCCUGUGAGCCGGGAACAUAUUCCACAGCUUCUUCUCACAGAGAUGGAUUAACACAGAACUCCAGGUGAGGAAUCCCAGGAGUUGCUUCAGGUAUGGGAUGAGGGAAGAAGCAGCAGCAGUGACUUCACACCAUCACAUUCCUGUAUCAGCCAAAAAAGAGAGAAGAGGAGGCUUUGGUGAGAGAGCAGCCCACUGAAGAGUGUCUAAACAACUGUGAAAACAGAUUAUGGUGAUGUACCUGCAAGCUGAAAUGAGUGAAUGCUGCUGAGAACUUCUGCUGCUGAGUCUUUGUCCCUUCCUUCCAUUUCCUCUUGAUCACUAACUGUGAGAUAUUUGUGUAAGACACGAGACCUUUCCUGCAGGUGCCCUUCCUAAAGUCCAGGUUUGAACAUAAAAGUCUCACCUGCUCAGCCAUUUCAAUCUGUUCUAGUCUGGUAAUAGCCAAGAUUCCAUGCUUUCAUCACAUGGCAACCAUCAGCAGAGAAAAAUAUUACAACAUGCGACUGGAGAGGUCUGUGUUGGUUGCCAUCUUGAAUUUUGGCACAGAGCCAUAGAAAUUAACAGUUUAAAUAAAGUAUUUUCAUUUGUUUGUUUUGGU